CCAUAUUUCAUUGUCCAAGAGAUACUUUGUCCAACCUCAAAUAUCCCACACCCCCACUUGCAAAUAUAUAUAUGCAUACAUAUACAUGUAUACAUAUUACACUUUAUGGUUAAGUGGCAAGAUUCUUUAAAGAUAUAAAGGCAUACCUUCCACGAUGCUUGGUUUGUAUUGCAGAGGGUCUAUAACUUGAUGAUAAGGAACUUUUGAUUAGAAAUUGAAUAGCAGUGAGAAAUGAGUGUUCCUCAAACUCCAAGCAUCAACUAUCAUCCAUACUCCCAUGCACUUCAAAUUAGGGUUUAUCAAGCUUUUAUAUUCUCCAUCCCAAUCCUCUUCUCCAUCAUACUAUUCCUUUUGUUCUACUUGUUCUACCUUAAAAGAAGGGCUUAUGCACUCUCUUCUUCUCCACCAACACUUCCACCUUCUACUUUCAAUUAUGCUACUUCUUUUAUCCCCAUGACUUAUGCGGGAUUGAAAGGAGAUCUCAAGGAUAAGCUGCCAAAGGUUCUCUUUGAUGAAGAUUUAAAAGCAAAGGAUUCUGUAUGUUGUGUUUGUCUUGGUGAAUUUGAAAUGAAUGAAGAGUUGAUUCAAGUGCCUUCAUGCAAACACGUGUUCCACAAGGACUGUAUUCACCAUUGGCUUCAAUCCAAUUCCACUUGUCCACUCUGUAGAUGUUGUGUCUUCUUAGCUGUGGGGCCUAUCUCGCGACCUGUACGAUCGCAAUUUCAGCCGAACAUCGAUGAGCCCAAUUUCAGUGGUGAAGGCCCAGCAACUGAAGGUGUAACAUCCGCAGCAGAAAGCACUAGCACGGCAAUUGCAGCUAGUAGCAGUGUUAGCGACUGUUCAAGAGUCACCUCCACCUCUAAUGACAUCAACCAUGUUGUAUCUAGUGGACUUUCUGUUGUCAUACAUGUUGAAGCCCAGUAAGACAUUAAAAUACGUUAUUCAACUCAUUGUAUUUUUUGUGUAGUGUAUGAGUUGGUUGUACUUUUUCCAUAACCAUGCAAUCGAUGUUGAUGUUGAUGCAAUUGGGAUAUGUAUGGUAGAACCAAAUAUAAUGAGAAUUAUCUUUAUGGAAAGAUGUCGAUGACAUCGAAUUAAAAGGGUCCAACCAUUUAAGUUUGUAAUAAUCUUAUAUAUGGAUUACUUGUUGUGAGGAACUGAAUUUGUAGUGGGAAUUGCAAGAUGAAACCAAAUAAAGGGAGAUUAUCAACGAAUAGGAUCAACUAUUUCCUUCAUUGUGUAUGUUGUGAUUGAUUUAUUUCAGGAACCGAUGUCGUCAAAAUCUGAUGCACCUUUUUGAGAUGCAAAGAGCAAGUUACUAGAAAAAAGGGCACAACAUUCAAAACGUGUAAUAGCGAUGUCAAGUUUCCGUAUUCACACAUGCUUGUGUUUUCACUAGAGUUACAAUGUUUAGGAAAAUAUCGAAUUAUCAUGUUUACGAAAAUUUCAUUUCUGCUUGCCCUUUGUAUGUUGGUUUAAUGCGAAUUUGGUGGGUGUAUAAAAGUAAUUAUGUUGUGCAUAUAUUUAUUUGCAAGUUAUUCUUUCCGG